UAGUAUUUCUAAGAAUGGCUAUAAAACUCAUUAAGUACAAGAUGAUAAUCUGACUUGACUUAGAAAUUUUUGCUAGCACUCCCUGAAUUCUGAUAAUUGUUAGGAAACAUAAGGAUGUAAUUAUUCCAGUAUAUAUUUCCUUUAGAUAUCCUGUUUAACAGAACCAGUAGUUUACCAUUAAGAUAUUCAAAUAUAUUUUUUAUUUAUAUUUAUGUUCAUCUGCUUUCUCCCUAGUACACAUUUAUUGAAUAGGAAAGAACUGGAAAAUUGAGAACUUUGGCCUGGAUAUUGGUAUUUCAUGAGACAGGACAGUUUCUCUUGAGUUUUAUCAUGGAUUUCUACCUUUGUAGUUCUACACCCCAUUUAAUUCAGUAAUUACGUAGGGAGUUUAAAUUCCCUUCCCACCAAAGUUAUAUGGCAUUUGAAAAAUUUUAGUUAAUUAGGAAUAAUUUUGUUGUAAAGAUUAUUAUACCUUUUGAAAUUAUUAGUACCAUACAUCCUGGAAUACCCCAGAAUCAAUGGGAACCAUUGUUACAGUCAUGUAAAAACAUUACCUACAUAAAACAGAAACCUUCUUAGAAUAUCACUUUUUUUGGUGGACCUAAAAAAAAAAAAAACAUUUGAUUUUACCUCACAUGGUUAUUAAGAGUCCUCAAUUUAUGCUUAGAUAUAUUUUUUAAUAGUUGAAUGUGGAAUGAAUUUUAAUCAUGAGAACCCACUUCUGAUAUUGACUUCAAUGAUAAGCUUUGAACUGUCUUCCUGGGGUUUAAAAAAAAAAGUCUACUAGUCUAAACUUUCAGAAAAGAAGUGGGUGUAUUUUUCUACUGGUGUUUUAGGGGAAAAAAAUUCUUAGUACUUAUACCAUUAUCUAAUAUAGUCUUCCUGCUAUUCUAUCCUGUCCCAAGCCCUUUCCUUGACCAUAAGAAUUUCUUCCAUUUAGGGAUCCCCUUAGUCCUUUCUUUCAGUAUACAGAACUUUUUGUCCCUCCUUUAUGUUUGUUGUUGGCCUUUAGUGAUUCUAAAUGUAUUAGGCUACAGUGCUUUACUUCUAUGAAGGGCCUUUUUUGUGCAUGAUAUUCUCUAAUGCAAACUUUCUCCGAGGCCCAGGCCCCAUGAAUCUGUAAAUGCAAAAGGAAAGUGAUUUGGAAUUUCUGAAAAUACUAUAUACUGCUUUAACUUGUGCCAUUUUAUGGACUUUCAACUAUAUGUAUCACUCUAAGCCAAUAGUGUUCCACCAAAAGGUUUCUUAGAGAACCCUAUAAUGAAUAGAUGAUAUGUUAACUUAUCAGUAAAGUUUGUAUAAAUGAAUUUUUCUGUCGAAAAAUAUGAACUGUAUUCUGUAAGUAAAUAAAUACUCCAUUUUCAGUCUUAUUUACAUAGUUAUUUUGCUUAGCAAUCCUUUAUCCAACUUCUUUGGGAAUGUUAUAAGGAUAAGUUAAGCUCUUUCUAUGAAUAAAUGGUUUCCUAGGCUUUUCUACUCUGCUAGUUUUACAAACUGGUCCAUCAACUAUUACUUCUUCUUGGGUCUUAGUGUGCUCUUAGUUAUUAGUUAACACAUUAUUAGGUGUUAACACAUAUAGCAUAUUGUUAUGGUUUUUACUUAUUUCCCAUCACUAGAUUAUAAACUCCUUAAAGGCAGGAGGCAUGACUUGCUCAGCUCUCCAUUUCCUGUGGCACCAGCUUAGUGCUUUGAAAAUGAGUAUUACACAGUGAAAUGUGUGUAGGCAGGAACUCAAAAUAUUAUUUUUUUUUAAAAACAGAUUUGGUUCAUUUGACUUGUACAUCUUCUAAAACAGCAAGAGAAGAUUUAGAACCAGUUGUGCAGAAAUUGUUUACUCCAUAUACCGAAACGGAGAUAGAAAAUGAAGAAGAUGAGAAACCAAGACUUUUGUGGGCUCUUUACUUCAAUAUGAGAGAUUCUUCAGAUGUCAGCAGGAACUCUUAUAAUGAUUUACCAUCCAACAUUUAUGUCUGCUCUGGCCCAGACUGUGGUUUAGGAAAUGAUAAUGCGGUCAAACAGGCUGAAACACUUUUCCAGCAAAUCUGCCCCAACGAAGACUUCUGUCCACCCCCACCAAAUCCUGAAGACAUUGUCAUUGAUGGGGACAGUUUACAAUCAGAGGCUUCAGAAUCUAGUUUCAUACCAGAAGCGAACUCAGAGACUCCCCAGGAAAGCAGAAGUCUGGGAAACCCAGAGCAGUCCUCUCAAUAAUGGAUAUACACCAAACUAUACACGCACUUUGAAAAUUCCUCCUGGCCUCAGAGUCUUUUUCAUGGAAGAAAUGUUUGAAAAAUGUUAGAAAACAGCAGCCAGUUGACAUACAUUAUUACCAAGAAAACAGGGCAUAGAAAUCCAAAAGGGGAUUUUCCUGAAAGAGGACAUUGCAAGAGCACAAAAUACUUGUAAACCACAUUGGCUUGCCUACUUUAAGAUAAUACACCUGUGGAAUAAGCAGAUGAAUAUAAAUGGAUUGAUUUCCAGGAAUAUAGCUGUGGAUAUGAAAGUGAUCCUAUGCAUUGUUAAUAAUUCUGUGGUAUUAGGAAAGCUUUUGCUUAUCACUUUGGAUCUUUGAUUGAAAUCCACAUCUUCAGAAUCCAGUCACAUAUUUCCUGUGAUUAUUUUAAUUCUAUUUUCUUUAUGGAUAUAAGCAUGAUGGCACCAAUGAUAAAAGCACAUGUAAAUGUAAUUGAGGAGAGCUAAAAUAUCCUGAUAUAGGCAGGAGCCUGUUUGGAAUAGAGGUUUGGUUUGUUUUCUAUCUUGAGAAUUACUGAAAACUCCAAUAUUAGGGUAUACAUUUUUACAAACAAAUCAUGAGUCCAUUUACUCAACAUUUUUUAAUGUUAGUAGUGCUAUUUGUAUGUGAAUCAUUUGCACACUAGGAAAGCUUAUAGGACUGAAGUCAUGGAAAGAAAGAUUUGGAUAUUCUCAUCAGUAUGUGGAAAUUCUGUCUAGUCAAGUAAUGAGAACCUAAUUGUAUAUGGACCCAGUUUAGUCCUAGCUAUACUACUGAUGAGAUUAGACAAAUUGUUUAUUUUGUCUAAAAAUAGGGCUCACUUUCUCCAUAUGUAAGAUAGAAAUAGUAACACUCUCCCUACCUUAGGAGGAUGAUUUUGAAGAUAAAUGCAGUGCAAACCUUAAAAUGAUUUUUGGGGGUUGGGGGGAAUGUUGUUUUCCCCUUGACUUGAAGGUGAAUAUCAAAAAUCUCAUGCAGCAAAUUGUUUGCUGUCAACUCCCCCAACACAGUAGAUCACAGUGUUUUUAUUGCAUUAAGCUUUUAAAAUAAAACUAUUUCCUAAAUUAGUAUUUUAUAGUCUAUAGACCAUAAAACAUAGUAACAUGGAAUUUUGGUUUUGAAUCUUAAUAAGGAAAGCACUGUAUAAAUUAUUCAUAUUCCUUUUCUGGUAGGUAAACCUAAAACCACUAAAGACUCAAUACAAUAUGACAAUUGGUAAACCCUAAUAUACACUUAACAUAAAAAUGUUAGGGUUGUACAUAGCCAGCAAACUUAGUUACAAUGACCAUGACAAUUUAAAAUUUUUCCAGAUGCCAAGCUCUGAUGAUGUGCUUUAUUUGAGCAAUAGUUUAGACUUAAUUUGUUUCAAUAAUUAAAUACAUAAAAUGUUUAUUGUGCAUUCUGGCCUAUAUUGCCAAUCAGAGAGCCAUAGCUAUAGUAGAAAUCAUGUAGUUCUUACUUCAGUUGCAGUGGGGCUAUGAGCUCUUCAGGUCACAGACUCCUAAGAAAUGGAAAGAACCAAGGAAUGUAGCCCUUGCCUCACCUUUCCAAUCCCCUGUAGAUACAACUGAAUCCAGGUGAAAGGAAAACCUUCCCAGCCUCUCAGGCUGCUCUUAACUGCUCUGCCCAUUGUACAGCCCAUCUCCUAUCUCUUUGGACCCUUCUGUGUCUCUCUUCCCCUUUUAUAUUAUCAUACAAAUCAGGGAUAGUGGAAUCACAUUAUAAUAUAUUUUGUUAAUAGAUUCAGAUCUUAAAUCAUGUUUCCCAAAACCCAACUUAUGCCAUGGUCUAAAUGCACAAUACAUACCUAGAAGCACCAGGUAUUGGCCCUGCCCCUCAAUACCAGCAAUAUGAAAGGUCCCACUGUAUAAAAGUAUUGAGUCUGAAUACACUGGCACCAAUUAAAAUACUGUACUUUGUUACAGUCUAAGAGUUAAGGCCUCUUGAAUGCAGCAUACAUAUUUAUGUAAACAAUCAGAGUAGGCUCAGAAUAAUAACUAGAAAAUUACGAUAGCUUUACUGCAGCUAUCUAUAUGUAGACAAGGAGAUAUUUUGUGGUCUCAUGGCCCCACCCAUAUUGUACCCUAUUUUAUCCAUUAGCCAUCCUCAUAAUCUCUUCCAGGUUAUUUAUUAAAUACUAUUGAAAUAUUUAAAAGUUCCUAAAUAUGAUUAGUGGUGACUAAAAUAUUACACAACCAUUUAAAACAUUUUAAUAGAGAAUCUUAAAUAUUUCCUGUUGCCUCAGAAUGUAAUAGAAAUUAUUCUAAGAGCUUUCUUUUCAGCUGUCUUAAGUACUGCAAAUAAAUUUUUUUAUAGUUUUAAAACAGAAAAAACUUUUUGGUUUUGUUGUAGAAUCAUAAGCCUGAAGUUAUAUAAAUAAAGUUAACAUGUUGUAUGCAAUACAGAAGUUUCAGUAGCUAAUUUAAAAUGCUGAACAUUAUUGUCAAAGAAUUUUGAUUCAUAUGUUUAAAAUGUUUAGUUAUGCAUGCUUUUUUAACCAAACAUGGUAAUACCACUCAGUUUAGUGAUUAUGAAAGCCAAUUACCCUGUGUUGCUACUGUGUCUUUGUCUGGUUGGUAUGCCUAUCCAGAAAAGCAGAUAGGUAGGUAGGUAGGUAGAUAGGUAGAUAGAUACUAUAAAUUUAGGUAUUUUUCUAUAGGAAAACUGAAUUACAAUUUUUCCCAUCUCCAGUGAUACUUAGUUGCCUGUAGUAAAAUGGCCACGUUAAUAGUUAACUUCUAGAAUGGUAGUUUCUGAGAUUGGCAGCCUUUUAUCUAAAAUAAUGACCAUGCUAAUGAUUAACUUCUGUCACAGCUGUACUUACCAAAAAGGCAGCCCUUUGUCUAAAGUCCUAAAGAUCUCAAAAAAUUUUGUUGAAAUUUGCUAAGUAGUAUUGAUCCUUCAAAGCAAUAAUUAAAUAAUUUUCUUACAAGUAAGUUAUUUACUGCUAUUGGUAUUGAGUGAUCUAUCUCUACUCCUGGGCAAUUUUCUUAUAUGCACUUCAAAAGCAUAAAUAUGAUUAUUCAUAAUUUUCACACAGUAACAGUAAAGUUUUCAGAGGAAGUAAAAUCUGUUUUGAUGCCUUUCAGGCAUGGUUUCCUAGUUUUCAACAUUAAAAUUUUGCGUGUAUGCCAAGAAAUUAAAGAUCGUCUUGGAACUGAUUUGUUGGUAUCAGUCUACUAUUUAAGCAAUUAAUUAUCCAGCUGUAUACUUGGUUUUGUUUCUAAGCACUUGAGAAAGGCAAUCAAAUGAUACAUGGGUUGAUUUACUUAGCAAAUUGUUCUAGAUGCCAGCAUCAGACCUCAUUCUGUUUGAAAUCAGUGCUGUGAGGCAUGAACUAUGGUUUUAUAGUACAUUGAUUGCCUACAAACUGUUUUCACAUCUCACUUAGUAUAUGAGAAUAUGAAUUGUUUUUUAUAUUUACUUGGUGAAUGAGAACAUGAAAUGUUUUUCUCUAUGGUGGUUGAAUCCCUAACAACUUACUUGAAAUAGAUAAGAGACUGCUGAUGUUCUUUUUACAGAAAUCAUUCAGUGAACUAUGAUUUGCUCUUGAAUCAAAUAAUUAAAGCAGAGUGACAUUUUCUGUCAAUUCCAGGUAUUUUCCUAAAGCGUGUUAGAUAGAAUGCAUUCAAAAGAUAACAGGAGUCUUUCAAAGCUGACAAUUUAUCUGUGAGAUGAUCCAUAAAUUUAAGAAAAAUAAGGUUAAUUUAAUUUUUA